GCGUGUACACACUCGAUAAUAAAAAUUGCUUACGUCGCCUUGUUCAGUUUUUUAUUCGUUCAUGAUGACGUUAUAGUCAUCAAUUAUCACAGUUAAAAGUACAAAUAUGAAAAAAAGAUAUAUGCUAAUUAUUAUUUCGACCCAGCGAACGUAAGCAAAAUGUUACCAGGCCGAAUCACUAUAGCCUAAGCCCCAACCAUAUUGUGUGCAUGCUGGUGACAAUUUUAGCCCGUAUUUACACAUUCUAGCGAGUAGUUCAUGAACUAUGCAUUUAAUACGCGUUGUAUAACACUCUGUUUGCCAGGUUAGGGUCGAAACUAAGCAUAGAUCAAUCAGAUUAACGUGCAGUAGCAGAAGGUGCAGCGGCUAGUUUCGAAAAAAAAAAUCUUUAAGUCAUGUGAUUCAGUAGACAUGCGCAGUUGCGCUGACGGCUGUGUGUGGAGUGGCUAGAUUUUACAGAACGUCUUGGGCAGAAAUCACGUGACUGACUGCGCACGCGCAGAGACGCUGGCGGUUGUCCGAGUGAUUUCAGUGUUGAAUGUUUCGCUAAACCUGUUGAAUGCGUUUGUUCUUCACUUUCGACUCACUUUCAUUUUCUGUUCGGGGUUUUCACAGGAUUUCUGUCAUUGUGCUAAGAGUCCAGUGUGUGAUCAUGUGGUCUGAUGAUGUCAUCACGUCCCCUGAGUCCACCGUCACGUCACUGCUGGCCACAUCAGGACACCUGCAGAGCGGUCUGCAUCCAGAGCCCGUCCCCACCAUCACAUAUAGAGACAAGCGCUACGUCUCUGCUUCAGAGGCUCUGGACGCAUACAUCGCUGAUUUCCAGAAGAGCCCGCGGGACUCUGAAACUACAACAGGGAAACUUCAAGUGACCAGACAGCUUCCAAAACCUCAUCCACGAAACAGAGAUGUGCUGAAGACCAGUUUGACGGAGGGAGAGCUGAAUUUCCUCAACAUUCCCGCUCAGAAGAGAGACUCUGAUGGUCUCAGCAUGACCACUGAUGAUCUCUUGGCUCUUCCGACAGACGGCUCUCUGCCCGUGACCCGCACCUCCGCUCUCCUCUCCCAGUCUGGGAUCUCACCGUUGGGACUGAGCUUUAACUCCAGCGCCCGCUCCCACUCACGGCCCAGCGGAGCUCAAAAACGCUUCAUGCGGCGUCCUCAUCAGAGAGCUCCGCCCACACAACGACCGUCCACGUCUCUCCCUGUGGAUGAUUUACGAUCGCGGCAUCAAGGCCAUUCUUCCAAUCUGCCACCCCACACACCCAGAUCGCAUUACCUCCCACGCUGGAUGACCAGCCAGAAAUCGGAGAUGGAUUUUUCUGGAAUAACCAGCGUUCCUGACUUGAAAUACCCGGGAUGGCUCGGGCAGUGUGAAGACUCCUCGUCCGGCAGCGCUCAGACUCCUCCUCCUCUCGGAGUUCCUUCAUGGGUGGGUGAACUGGAAGAGUCCAGAGGAGUGAGACGGUCAGACACUGAAGGUCACAGAGGUGUCAAAGGUCACCCGAGAGAGCUGUGUGAACUGAGGAAGAUGCGGUUGCAGUUUUCAGAGCCAGUAAAGAGACAAGAAGAUGAGAGGAUUGAUUCUCUGAUCUUCAGAGCCGAGCAGAUGCUCAACUCAUCGUCUCAUGGUCUCUGUGAGCGGGUUAAAGGACACAACACCUCCGGAGAUACGGAGGACAGUCUGGGUGCAGAUCGCUCCUGGGACAAUCCGCCCGUUACAUUUAAAUCUCCAGUGCCUGUGGGCAGCGCCGAUGAGCCGUCACAGACGGAAGAACUACAGAGAAACAAGUCUGUGGGUUCACGCUCGUCGGGUUACAGCAGCAGGAGACACCCGGGUCCGGUGGAGGCGCUCAAACACAUGCUGCUGCGUCUGCAGGCCGUAGAACACAACAUCAGUCAAUCCAACACGACAGAGUCACCGAGAGAACCAGAGGAACAGGUUCAUCCAUCUAAACAUCCACAAAAGACACCAUCACUAGAACAUUUCACUGGAAACAGAAGAUCACGAGACGAGCGGAGAGUCCUUGCAGAGAGCUCUGCAUCAUCUGGAGAGACUGAAGACUCUUGUGGAGGAUAUGAACGAGAGGAGCCACCGAGAACCCCGCAGCUAGGAUGAAACCAUCUGAUGUGUUUAUAACGCGCACU